AUGCAUUGGGUGCAGCCCCAAUACCAAGAACCUGAGCACGACACUGUGUUUGGCGAUGCACAUGCUGCGAAUGAUUUGGAUACGGAUGCAUUAGCAUCCCUGCUGAACGGUACCAGAACGAACACUGCGCCGAAGAGUCGUGCAAUACACCACAAGAAGACUGAAGGGAUAAAGGUUCUCGAUGAUUCAAGAGCACAGAACAUCGCCAUCGUUUUGAGCAAGCUCCCGGUGUCGUCCGAAGACGUUUGCGAAGUGCUGAGGACACUUGAUUUUUCUCGGCUUGCACUUUCAUAUGACAUUGUGGAACUGUUGACGAGCAUACUCCCGACGCCGGAAGAAACGCAAAAGCUACUGAGUCACGAGGAUUGUCCAGAGCGUUUGAGGGACAUUGAACAGAAGGUACUGCCUUUCUGCUUUCUGCCACGGGCAGCUGCUCGCUUGAGACUUUUUCGGUUUGCCGCUUCGCAUGCAGAAAGUGCGGCAACGUACCUACAACGGUGUCGCACGCUGGAUCUUGCCGCGUUGGAAGCCAAAAGCAGCCAAGAGCUGCGGAAGAUCCUGGCUCUGAUUCUUCGCAUUGGCAACUACAUCAACCACGGAAUUAGGGACGUCAGCGAUGGCGCCGGGGCAUGCGCUUUCUCCAUUCAGACUCUGGCUGCCAUUGCAAGUUUUCGACUUGGCAGCAUGUCCACUCUCCAAUUUCUUUGCGUGACCUGUCGCCGACAAAAUCCGAGAUUUCUUGACGCGUUACAGCUGAGUUUGAAGCAUGUUCCAAAGGCGGCCAGGGAGAAGAGCGUGCAUUUAAAGUCUUGCAUCCAAGCCUUCCGGAAAGAAGUUGACUUCGCAGGGAUGGAGGUAUCCACAAUGCCGGAGGAUCAACUUUCAGAGGUCACAGCCGGACUUCUGAAAGAUUUAAACGCAGAAGCUCUUCAGUUGGAGAGCUCACUGGCGAUGGCGUAUGGUAAGUGCGAGGAGGCCCAACGGUACCUUUGCACAUCCGAGGACAAGGCAAACGAUGCAACUCCGCCUGCCUACGAGAGUUUAUUCUUGCACCUGUCCGACUUCCUUGAGUCUUUUCGGAAAGCCUGGAGAGAGACGGAACCUGGUCCCAGCCAGAAAAGUCGAGUACACCUGCAAAGCAGGCAUGUUCCCAGCCAGAAAGGUCACUUGCAGAGCUGCAUGUGA